CUUUCGCGACUGCUCUUGGAUCAGUACACAACGACCCAUUCAACUCGAGACUGAAUAUAAUUUAUAAUAGGCUAUUCUCCGCCAUGGCACAAGCCGAAUCCUCCGCCAGUGCCUCCCGCAAUGGCCUCAAAGCGCAGACGACUGGGGCCCCUCCCGAUUAUGAACUGCCAUGGGUGGAGAAAUAUCGCCCGGUUUUCCUUGAUGACAUUGUCGGAAACACAGAAACUGUUGAGCGUCUGAAAAUCAUCGCCAAGGAUGGCAAUAUGCCGCAUGUUAUCAUCUCAGGCAUGCCCGGUAUUGGAAAGACAACCUCGAUUCUGUGCUUGGCAAGACAGCUACUGGGAGAUGCAUACAAGGAGGCAGUUCUGGAGCUCAAUGCUAGCGAUGAGAGAGGUAUCGAUGUCGUACGGAAUCGAAUCAAAGGUUUCGCACAGAAGAAAGUCACGCUACCGGCCGGUCGUCAUAAGCUUGUCAUUCUCGAUGAAGCGGACAGUAUGACAUCAGGUGCCCAACAAGCGCUGCGGCGUACGAUGGAAAUCUACUCGUCAACAACCCGAUUUGCGUUCGCAUGUAACCAGUCAAACAAAAUUAUUGAGCCGAUUCAGUCCCGAUGCGCGAUCCUACGUUAUGCCCGGUUGACCGAUGCGCAAAUCGUCAAGCGCCUAAAACAGGUGUGCGACGCCGAGAAAGUGGAACAUAACGAAGAAGGAAUCGCCGCGUUGGUCUUCAGUGCCGAGGGAGACAUGCGUCAGGCCAUCAACAAUCUGCAAAGUACAUGCUCGGGGUUUGGCUUCGUCAGUGGGGACAACGUCUUUAGGGUGGUCGACAGCCCGCAUCCGAUCAAGGUCCAGGCAAUGAUCAAGGCUUGCUGGGAAGGCAAGGUCGAUGCGGCCUUAGAGACACUCAGUGAACUGUGGGAUCUGGGAUAUUCCUCUCAUGAUAUCAUUAGCACCAUGUUCCGAGUCACCAAGACUAUCCCCACCCUGUCGGAACAUUCGAAACUUGAAUUCAUCCGGGAGAUCGGUUUCACACACAUGCGCAUCCUGGACGGUGUACAGUCAUUGCUGCAGUUAAGCGGCUGCGUUGCGAAGCUUUGCAGGGUCAACAUGAAGCCUCAGCUAUUUGAGCCGCCACAGAACUGAAAUUAAAAUAAGUGGAUGAAAAAUAGAUGCAGGCAUAUUUCGGUGUUUGGGGCGUUCACAGAGCAGGGUGAUGCCAAGUCCUAUUUAGCAUAUGAUAUCAACGCUUUUCUACUUUGAAGUGGUCAUGAGAAUAAUAUCCAGGUAUCGUUUAUUAGACUCCUAUCUCAUACACUGGACCGCGGACCUCCUGGUGUGUACGCAAUCCAUUCACUAUUGAACACAAUCGACCCGGCUCGUAAGGCUGGAUUUCACUUCUUUGGCGGCAUAGGAGGAGCAGGCAUCCUUGCGCCCUCCGGCGGCUUGUUCUUGCUCUUGAACUCGUCGCACAUC